UUCUCAGAGGACUCCCCCUUGUAAAACACAAAAAGAAUGGAUUAACGAGUGGCAAAUAAACCAGUAAAGUAAAGUACUGCCCGGGCCGGCCGGGAGAAAUGCAGGACGAAAACGGAAAAGCGGCGCUCGGGAGCCCCGCUGUACACAGUGCGGCCACAGCGCAGAAUUCAGUCCACUUGAACGGGUAUACCGUCACUGAAAAUGGCCACAACGCGACAGCUACGCCUUCACCUCAGCCAGAGUGUGACUCCAGAGCCCCGAGUCCUGUUCACGCUCCAGUGAUUAUCCCGAGGGAGCAGUGGGGAGGGAAGUACGAGUUCCUGCUCUCCUGUAUCGGGUACUGCGUGGGACUGGGCAACGUGUGGCGGUUCCCGUACCUUUGUUAUCGCAAUGGAGGAGGCGUGUUUCUCAUCCCCUACUUCAUUAUGCUGUUCGUCACGGGUGUUCCACUGUUCCUCAUGGAGCUAAGUUUAGGCCAGUACGGAGCGGCCGGCCCCAUCACUGUGUGGAAAUGCUGCCCUCUGCUCAAAGGUAUUGGCAUUGGGAUGCUCUGUGUGUCCACGCUGGUGUGUCUAUACUAUAACAUCAUUAUAGCGUGGACGUUUUACUACCUGGCCAGCUCGCUCCAGAGCCCUCUGCCCUGGUCCUGUGACGCUGUAGUCAAUGUGGGUCUCUGUGGAAACGCCACCACAGGUAACAGCUCCACCGGUCACAGACUCAGCCCCACAGAAAAAUUCUGGAACGAGCAGGUGCUGGGUGUGGUAAACAGCGAGGGCCUCCACGACCCGGGCCCUGUCCGGUGGCAGCUGGCCCUGUGCCUCCUGGCUGCCUGGGUCAUCAUCUUCCUGUGUAUACUGAAGGGCAUCCGCAGCUCUGGCAAGGUGGUUUAUGUAACGGCUACCUUCCCGUACGUUGUGCUCAUUGUUUUGAUCAUCAGAGGUGCUACACUGGAGGGCUCUCUUCAGGGCAUUGCCUUCUACCUCACACCAGACUGGAGCCGAUUAGCCAACGCACAGGUGUGGAAUGACGCGGCCUCACAGGUCUUUUACUCCUUAGGUAUUGGCGUUGGAGGGCUGCUUUCUAUGGCCUCCUACAAUAAGUUUGACAACAAUGUCAUCAGGGACACUUUGAUUAUCACCGGAGGAAACUGCGGCACCAGCUUCUUUGCAGGUUUUGCCAUAUUCUCAAUCCUGGGUCACAUGGCAUGGAAGAAGGGAGUGCCCGUCGGGGAGGUGGCAGAUUCAGGUCCUGGGUUGGCCUUCGUUGCUUACCCAGAGGCCCUUGCUCUGCUGCCAGGCUCUGUGUUCUGGUCCAUUAUGUUCUUCCUCAUGCUCUUUAUGCUGGGGAUCGACACGCUGUUUGGCAACAUGGAGGGCAUCACUACGGCUGUGCUGGAUGAGUUCCCGCACCUCAGAGCAAACAUGCUGCACAAGUCUUUGUUCUUGGCCGCUCUGUGUUUUUGCUUCUACCUAAUGGGUCUCCUGUUAGUGACUAAUGGAGGGAUUUAUUGGUUCACUCUCAUUGACUCCUUCAGCACUAGUUUCGGCCUCAUCAUCAUCACCCUCUUCAUGUGCAUUGGCAUCUCCUUCUUCUACGGAAUCAACCAGUUCUGUCAGGACAUCAUUGAUAUGAUCUGCCCCUGCCCUGGCUGGUGCAUCAAAGUGCUGUUUUACUUCAAAGCAUGCUGGGUUUUCUUCACUCCAUUUCUUCUGCUGUUCAUCCUUACCUACAUCUUCAUUGAGAUGUACAACACAUCACUCCACUACGGGUCCUAUGUGUAUCCACGCUGGGGUAAAGCGCUGGGAGUGUGCAUGGGUGCGACCUGCUGCCUACAGAUCCCCAUCUGGGCCAUUGUGGCCAUCGGCAAGGAAACUGGAACACUGAAAGAGCGUUUCCAGAAAUCGAUUCGACCGCUGAACUCCUGGAGGGUGAACAACUUGAACAACAGCAAUAGAGCAGAGGAGCACUUGGAGCCCGAGAGGGUGGAGGCUCCGUUCACCGUCACGCUCACGGAUAUGGACUUUACUGCGAUGAACUGGGAGAUGGGAAGCCAGCCGUGACAGCACAAAGAGCUGUGAUGAACAAACUACGUUGUCAGGAGAAAGAAGAAUUUAUGAUUUUUUAUGUUAUUGGCGCCAGCUAGGCUCUGGUUGCCGUGUCUGAACAGACUGUGUGUCCUGCAGGGCAGUGUGGAUUUUUGCUUUAUUUAUACUAUUAUGUAUGUUGGAAUUAUAUUUUUGUAACUUUUGUUUUUACAAUGUGUAGAAUGUACGGUUACAACUGUAAAGUUUGGAUCAUCUUUAUCUUAGAUGGUAUAAUAGGACUCUAUCAGGACAUUUGGAUGUAAUGAUCCUGAAGGGUAUCUGUUGGUUAUAUUUAUUAUCAUAGUAGCAUUGUACAAUGAAUUUUCACUGACGGCAGUCAACAGCAGCUGGAGGGACCAGACAUCAUAUCCUCAUGUACAAAGAGGAGGGGCAAAAAAGUGCAGUGUCUCUGGACUGUUACCUUCAACAACCACGAUGGACGUGGAAAGGUGACCACAAAACAUGGGCCUGCCAGAAUAAAUGCUGCACCGAGUCAGGAAUAUUUUUAAAAAGGAAUGAUUAAAGGAACUAUUAGGUACUGUCCAUGCUUCCAUACGCCUUCGCUGAACAUCUGGAUUUCAAAUUGCCAGUUCCUGCAGAAAAUGCAGCCAUCGGUUGACUUUGUUGCUCAGGAUACAUCGAUUUGAUCACAUUUAAAACUACCUUCUAUGUUAUUAAUGUAGACAGGCUUUUAAGUGGGACUGUCUAGCUAUCCUUUGUUUUCCUUCAAAAAUAAAUUGAUGGAGUCAGUGAGUAUCUACAGAAGGUUUUUGUUUUUUCUAUGUUUACGGGAACUUGGCUUUGACAGUUCUUCAUUGUCAAUUUCCCCUCUGCUAUAAGCACAAAGCCCUCCUUUAAUCAUUGUUUAGCAUUGGUUACAUGUAUUACUUGGAGGGACACUCAUUGGUUGAAUGUAUUACCCAUUUCGAGGACAUGAUUAUUGCCAUUGUAUCAAUCUUUCUUACAUUUCUCACAAGUUUCUGAAGGCGCAAAUGUUACUCUGAUUUGAGGACCUGCUUCCAGAAGAAAUCAACAUCAGAUUAAAUGUUAUUUAUUUUGCAAAUUACCCAAACUAUUUAAUUUAUAAAUGUUAUUAGACCCUAUGUUAGAAAAGCCCAAUGAUAUUAAACUUGGGACAUAAAGAAAAUAAUAUGAUAAAAAGAUAAGAUAAUCCUUUAUUAGUCCCGCAGCGAGGAAAUUUACAGGAUUACAGCAGCAUAUAGUAUAAUGCAAAUAAGACAAACAAUAUCAAAACAAGUAUUAUAGAUAAGUAAUGAAAAUAAUAUGAAGAAUUACAAAAACACCUCACCCAGAUGAGACUUGGAUCAUCAGUUGCAUGAAGGUGUUUAUCUUUUGAAGUGUCACCAGAUAAAACUGCUUUCUAGGGCAUAUGCGCUCUCUUUUGUGUCUUGUUGCAAAUAAGUGGACGAUGACUGACAAAAGAAACCUGUCGUAUCUGCAAUACCUGCAUUUUUAAAACGCUUUCAGUCACAUGGAACUUUUGAUUUGUGUGUAUUUAUAAUAAGCAUCAUUGUUUUCUCUCUCAGAGCUUAUUUAAAGCAGGAUCACUACUUUUAAACCUUCGAUUAACAUGUUAAUAUCCUUUGUUUUAGGAUUGUAUGAUCACGCCAUGAAACUCCUCUAAUUUUAGUAAAUCUCUUUGCCUUCAUACACAUUGUUGCCAUUCUCUUGCAUAUUGAUAUGCACAAUGAUUAAAUAUUCCUUUUUUGUGACUUUUGGAUAUUUUUCUUUCAAAGAUGU